UAUGUAGUACCUUGUCUUGUUGCAGGCCUUGCACGAACCUAGUGCUAAUAUAUGCAUGGAAUCUGCAAAUGGAGAAUCCAGAAGUGCAUUAUGUGGUCCACAUGGCCAAUUCAUUAGGUCCAAUCUUAUGGAUGCCUCAAGGCUGGAAGGGUGUGAGCCGUCUUAUGGAUUUAAAGCACUCCUCCUUAAUCAGAAGAUAUUGUCAAGCAAAGGAGAUAUUGGAGUUUUCCGAAAUUGUAAGAAGGAAAUUACAGUGCCAGUGGAAUUUAAUUUCCGAACAGAGAAGAGAGUUCAACAUAACCCACCAAUUGAACUCUUAAACAAGCUCUCUCUGACAUCUGACCAAUCAACUGCUGGUUCUCGCACAAAAUUGCCAUUGCCUAUCAGCUUAUCUGUUAAGGGAUCAAAAGAGAAUAGAUGGAGUUCCUUCCAGCAAGAACAUGAGAUAAAACAAGUAGUGAAACAAAAGGUAACCUCCUUUCAAGGGAAGCAGAUUCAAUGCAGCGCUGAUGGGAGAAAGGAAGUCGGUCCUGUUUCUGGGAUUAACGGGAGAAUAGGCAUUCGCUGAGAGUAAAAAGUCGAAUUUUUCUCAACCUAUAUCCUUGAUGGCAUCAACCUUCAACCUCUGCCAUUGAAGUUGAGAGGUCGAUACUAGUUAUUGACUAGUAUAUAUAACUUCUUAGAACAUGUCAUAUUAAGCUAUUUUGCAUGCAUAAUAGAAAUGUGAAAGUCAUUUUUUUCAUCCCAAAAUGCUGAUAUUGUCACAGAUCAUAAUACAGUUCUAUGUAAUCUUUAUUUGAUUAACAAUAAAACAGUUGUAGGAUGACCAA